AUCGCUCUCACUUUUUUCACUCUCUUUCUCUGUUUGUAGCUCUUUCUCUUUGUAGCUCUUUCUCUUUGUCAUAACUCUUUCUCUUUGUCAUAACUCUUUCUCUCUCUGUUCAUAACCACCGUUUCCGAUGGAGGGAGGAGUACCAGAGGCUGAUGUCUCUGCCUUCAGAGAAUGUCUCUCUCUCUCAUGGAAGAAUCCCUAUAUUCUUCGGCUCGCUUUCUCUGCAGGAAUUGGUGGUCUUCUUUUCGGCUACGACACCGGGGUCAUAUCCGGUGCUCUUCUGUAUAUUAGGGAUGAUUUCAAAGAUGUCGAGAGGAAGACUUGGCUUCAGGAAGCUAUAGUGAGUACAGCAAUUGCUGGUGCAAUUAUAGGUGCUGCAGUGGGUGGAUGGAUGAACGAUCGUUUCGGAAGAAGGAAAUCAAUCCUUUUAGCUGAUACCCUCUUUUUGGUUGGGUCAGUUAUCAUGGCUGCUGCUUCUAGCCCUGCUAUUCUCAUCGUGGGUCGAGUUUUUGUUGGCCUCGGCGUUGGAAUGGCUUCAAUGGCAUCCCCUCUUUACAUCUCUGAGACUUCCCCCACCAGGGUUCGCGGAGCCCUUGUAGCUCUCAACAGUUUCCUCAUCACUGGUGGACAAUUUCUUUCCUACCUCAUCAACUUGGCUUUCACUAAGGCUCCGGGUACAUGGAGGUGGAUGCUUGGAGUGGCUGCUCUACCUGCUGUAAUACAAUCGGUGUUAAUGUUUACACUCCCGGAAUCACCUCGCUGGUUGUUCAGAAAGGGAAGGGAAGAGGAAGCAAAAGUAAUAUUAAGGAAAAUUUAUCCAUCUAGUGAUGUGGAAUCUGAAAUUCAAGCUUUGCGGGAUUCAGUUGCAUUGGAAAUGAAGGAAGUAGCUUCAGACAAAAUCAGCAUAAUCAAACUGUUGAAAACAAAAACUGUGAGGAGAGGUUUGUGUGCUGGAAUGGGACUUCAAUUCUUCCAACAAUUUACAGGUAUCAACACUGUCAUGUACUACAGUCCCACAAUUGUUCAGUUGGCUGGUUUUGCAUCCAACCGAACUGCACUUCUUCUGUCCCUGAUCACUUCUGGGCUGAAUGCAUUCGGUUCAAUCGUGAGCAUAUACUUCAUUGACAAGACUGGACGAAAGAAACUUGCCUUGUUGAGUUUGUUUGGCUGUGUUUUAUCCUUGGCCCUUUUAACUGCCACUUUCCGCCAGACUGAAACUCAUUCUCCAAUGAUUAGUUCUGUUGAGACCUCUUACUUCAACAACACCUGUUCUGAUUUUAGCAAAGCUGUGAAUCCUAUUGAAUGGGACUGCAUGAAGUGUCUAAAGGCAGAAUGUGGCUUUUGUGCAUCCGGCUCUAACAAACUCUUACCUGGGGCAUGUUUGAGUUCUAAUGAUGCCCCAAAGGCUCUUUGUCUCAAAGAUCAUAGAGCAUGGUAUACAAAAGGGUGUCCUAGCAAAAUGGGUUGGCUUGCAAUAGUGGGACUUGCACUGUAUAUCAUAUUCUUCUCACCAGGGAUGGGAACUGUUCCAUGGGUUGUCAAUUCAGAAAUCUAUCCUCUAAGGUACCGUGGAAUAUGUGGUGGAAUUGCUUCCACGACAUGUUGGGUUUCCAAUCUGGUUGUUUCCCAGACCUUUUUAACUUUGACAGUGGCUAUUGGGACAGCAUGGACAUUCAUGUUAUUUGGAGUGGUUGCCCUCGUUGGAAUUUUCUUCGUUCUCAUUUUCGUGCCAGAAACCAAAGGAGUUCCAAUGGAAGAAGUUGAGCAGAUGCUGGAGGAAAGAGCUGUGAAUCUUAAGUUUUGGCAGAGGAGAAGUGCUCCUCAGAAGGGUUGAUAAGUUUGAACCAAAACAUUGUUUGAAAAAUAAGUUUUAUGUCACUUCAUAUCCGUAUGAUGUUCGAUAAAACUGGUUUCUUUUAAGGUUAAGUAGCGAAGAAUUGUGUAUAUAGACAUUUUCUAGCUUUUGUUAAUUAGUGGGGUUUUUCCCUUAAGAUUUGUUGUUCUGUUUCAUUUUCUGUUAUUUUAGUUGUUGUUUGACUAGUAUGUUAGAAAUAUUUAUGAACGAUGAAUAUAUUGUUUUUAUUAAUGAUCAGUGUUCAGUAAUCAA